ACUUCCGGAAAUAGAAAGUCAUAUAUCACAUAUUUCCGCGAUAGCGUUGAUUCAUCGCGCGCGCAUAACGCAGUCGGUUCACGCGCAAGCAGUUUCGCGCCAAACAAGACGACACGGUCGUUUAGCGCCCGACGUUCCAAGAUCGAUGACAUCUGGACGUCAUCCGAAUUUAAAGCUAAAGCCGAUCCUUCGGACGUUUUAAGGACAGACGGGACAUUAGGCGGGAUUUCGGAGAUCGUUCGAAAUUCAAGCGAGGUUAAGACUGGACCUUCAUUUCACGGUCCUCUUGUUAAUCCUAAGAAAAUUCAAGACGAGAAGAUAGAUUGGGUAAGAUCUGUCUUAGCGUCGAAUAAAAGCCCCAACUUAGAAUCUGAUUCUUUCUCUGGUGGAGGAAGUCACUCUCGUAAAGUGGGAGUCAACAAAUUGGAGAAGUCUAAGUCCGACGUGACUUCGAGUCUAAGUUACAAGUCGAUGUUGAUUCCAGCGAGAUAUUCGCUCGCGGAAAAUGCUCCCUCAGGUAGUCGCGCGUCAGCUUUUAAGGGGACGAAUUUUGCAGGUGUAACCUCUCGCGAUGUCCGCAUUGCGGGAGAAAAUCGACAGAUGUUGUCUUCAGUUAAAGUCAAUUCGUCUUCAAAAAAGAAUCUCGUUGGAAGUAAUGUAUCGUUUCGGAGAGAAGAGCAAGGUUCGCAUAUUUCUUCUUCCUUUUCUUCCUCUUCCUCACCCUCGCAGACAGAGAGAAUGAAUGUCCAGGGUAAUCGUCAGAGAGGUGUUGCGAUUCACACGACUUAUCAGAAUCCCAAUUUGCUGUAUAAAAUCACGGACGGAGUGGACUCGUUCGUAGCUUCUUACGAGAAUUUGAAGUCGCAAGUCGUAGUUGACCCUCUUCGCCAUGUCGCCAACAUUCGACGCGGCGAUCUGAAUAAUUCAGGCGAAGCGGCGCUCAAGGCGUAUUCGACCCUGAUCCAGAAAGCAAAACCAGGAGCCGGUGAUCACGGUCAACCCGCGUCUCGCAGGAAAGUGGUAACGUCUAAUAGGAAUUUCGUCAGGCUUCGACCCGCCAUCUCGAAUUCGCGCUUCAAUCAGGUCGUCAAGUCGCAGGUAAAAAAUCCACUAUCAAAAAGCGACGUCGCGCUGAACCCCAGAGAUUGGACAAAACUAAAGGCGAACGAUGACAUUCGUUUUGCCGCCUCUGGAACGGAAGAACUGACGAAGGGCAGCCACUUGACGCAGACAUCUGCGAAGAAGAAGCUCGACUCGGGCGAGCAGACUACACAGGCAACGAGCAAUUAUCAUUCUGCUGGCGCUCAGAAGGUGCCGAGUCAGAGCGUGAGAGUCGGCGAUCAGAAUAGCACGAGAGACGAAUUUGAUAGCGGUAUACCCACGCACGACCCGAAGAACUGGCCGAACGGGGCGCUCCAGGAUAUCGAGGAUCUGUACAAUUACGAGAAGUACACCGCGUCUUUGGUGGAGACGAAUGAAGACACAGACGCCGACCAGGCGGCGGCUUCGAUUCUGUCGUCACACGGCGCUUACAUCAAUCACACAGACCCGGUACUCGACUCCAGCGUGAAGAAGAUUAUUCAGUGGCUGAAGAUACCGCCGAUCGUGCCGAACAACACGCGCUUUCCCGUCAAUCAACACGACAGCGUUCACAAACCGAUUGAGUCGGUGCUCGAAUCGAUCUAUGAGAACCUCGAGCCGAAUCGUCCGCUGAAUGUUGAGGUCCACGAUGGCAGUUACGGCACCGUGGUGCUUCAGAAUGCGGUUACGAGUCAAGAUUUCGAUAGAAUAGAUUAUCAUAAUUACCCAAAUCGGCGGCCGAGUCCAUCGACCUCAGUCGUUCGUCCUCAAUAUGCGACAACUCCUUCGAGCACGCCCGAUACUUUGCUUUCUAACUCUUGGUCCGAGCUGACGUUACCGAAGCAUAACAGCAUCGUUUACAAUCCCACGACGCACGUGUCGCAGAAUACGGUGGUGCAUAUCCUGAACGACGGCUUGAAAAAACCGAAUGUUACCGUGACGCAACUAAAAGUACCUGAAUCGAGCGACGCAUCAGUCCUAACCGACCAGGCGGUCUCCUCAGACUCCUCUUCCGAGGAGACUCCCUCGGAAAUGGUCCAAAGGCCCAACGUUCACAUAAUGUUCACUUCUCAAAAGGAUGAAGACGAGACACCUCCGAAGCAGGAGACCAAUGCCUUCCCGUCGCCGUCUGACAACUCAAACUGCCCGACGAUCAUGAUCAAUUCUUACACCCGCGUGAACAACACGAUUCAGAGCAAAGAGGGUUGCACCGACCUGAAUAUAAUCAUCAACUCUCACGUCCUCAACACGAACGUCUUCAAGCCGAGCGGAGAGCCGACCGAGACUCAACAACAGACUUCUGUAGCGACGCAGAGCUACAGCGACACGGACGAGAGCAAUAAGUACGUAGAAGAGGUCGCCGACGACCUCUCUCACCAGGACUCCUCCAACAGUUACGUAACCGCGUCAGCCGACACAUACGGCUCUUCUGGCUCGUUCCAAUCGCCGUAUCCAGUGGUGCAAGGCGACUACUAUGAUUCCCAGAAAGAUCCCGUCGGGAUCUCGAGUCACAAUCCUAUUUCCCCGGAGUUGUCGACCGUCGAGGUGUUCCAGGGUACCCAGAUCAGCGUGUCCGCGCCGUACAUUCCGUUAAAAGAUACGGAAGCGACCGCAGGUCCGGUGGUUGACGGUGCAGCCGACGCCGUUGGCUCAUCCGUCGACGGUCCCAGCGUCGGCGAUGACGCGUCGAGUUCCGCGCUCCUGCCGCCAGCUGUUGGAGUCGGCGACAUUGCUAGUGGCGCUUCCGCGAGUGGCUCGCCUGCCGGAAACGCACCGGCUGCCGGAAACGUGCCCGUCGUCGCUCUGCCGUCGUCGCUCAACGAACCCGGCACAGCGAUGGGUCUAGCGAAUAACGGUCUCGUACCGUCAGGUACUCUGCAGCUUCCCUCUUUGCCGAGUCUCCCCAGUCGACCCAGUCGACCGAGUGUUGGGGGCAAGCCGAGCUUGUCAAGCUCGGGUGGUGCGUCGCACGGUUCUGCGGGAUCAUCUUCGCACCAUGACGACGACGACGACGAUGACGAUUUCGACAUGACGCCUGGCGGCCUGAUGCAAUCGAUGACCUCGGUCUUCACGUACUUUACCUUCUUGAAUCCGUUGGGUUACAGCUUCUUCAGCCUAGCCGCGGCACCGUUCGCCGCGAUGGCGGCCGGUGUGCUCGGCGUCGCUGCGUUUAUCUUCCCGUGGGCCUUUCCGAGCGCCUUCGACUUCGGUCGUGCCGCCGAUAAAGUCACCGUCAGGUUCAGGCCGAGCCUUGAGGAGUUCGUUAGGCAGGCCGUGCACAAGUACGAUCGUUUGAACGAGUGGAAGAGCAAGCGCAGGAAGCGCAGGAGAUGCGGGCAAUUGAACAACACCAAGCGUGAUUUGAAGGAUUUGCAAUACAUGGACCAAUCUUUGAGAACGGUCGCCACCCAAUUACUUAACGUCACGAGCCCGGAGGACAUAGUAAAGACUAGCAGUCAAGAGCUCAUAAAGGCCGAACAUGGCACCGGGACGACGCAGAAGACCUCAGAGAAGAGUGACGUGUCGUUGAUAAAGGAGAUCAACUCAGAGAUCAGUAACUUGGAAUCCAUGGGCGUAAGUUUUGGCAGACCGAUUAAUUCGAAGUUUAGUUACUUCGAAAAUAAAUUCGAAAACAGUCAUCCCGGUCACGCGAUGGCCAUAACAGAGGAGGAGUUGGAACGAGAGAUGAGCACCACAAGGCUGAUAACAGCUUAUAAGAAUCAUCCUACCACCACCGGCGGCAUCUCCACUUGGAUUCUGCUGAAUCCACCGUCUACGACCAUGAAGAGCGUCAUGGAGGUUGAGAAAAAGACAAAGCAACCUUUUCAGACGGAAGUGCGACUGACGGUAAGACCGAGCUCGUCGAUAGAGAGGGUGGAGACGAUCCCGCAACUUGAAAAGAUUACAGAGAAGACCACGCCGCAGCUGACAUCUAUUAUAACCACGGAGAAAAUAACUGUCAGUACAAAGAAGCCAACAUCAACCACGUUGAAGAAGAGCACAACUACUUUGAGGCCGGAGAAGAUCACUCAGAGUCUGGAGAAAGCAGAAACUUCCUCGAGUACGACCUUGAAAAUGGUACGUACUACGACAGCAAGUGCUACAACAAACGACGGAGUAACUUCCACGACACUUGCACCCACAACGAAGAAAAAUCAAAGUCCACGGACUACCCCUAAGCCAAAGGUCACGUCGAGGACGACUUUGCAUCCAAAGCCAACGUCGGUAACGACGAAACCGUCGAGACCGAGUCAGCAAAGUAGACCGAAGCCUAACCCGACGAAGAGAACCACGGUGAAACCUGAAACGAUAAAGAACGAGACCGCGUCGACCGGCAAAAUCGAGAAGGUGACGUUCAAGCCUGUUCAAAUAAUUACGAGCCCAAAGAACAGGCCAGAGAAUACCGAGAGGCCAAUGUUCGUCACCAAGAUAAAAGCCUCAGUACUCAUGGACACGCAGAAGAUACCGACCACUUUGCUGCCAGCACCCACUGCAACCACCUUGAGUGCUACUACCACGUCCAAGUCGAAUCUGUCAGGUGCGGAUCUCGUGGAAGUGCCGGUGAGGUCGAAGCCGAUCGGCACGAAGGUCAACAACGUAUUAAAGGUGCAGCUGAAGAAGCCUGCUGAUGAGACCACGCAGAUCGAGGUCGAACCGAUCAAGGUGAACGCUCCGAUCUUGAAGAUCGAGAAGGUAAACAAGGACAAGUUGGACAAGAUCAUGGAGAAGGAUACAGAUGAUCUUGCGAAUUCCAGGAUAGACUUAAAAUUCGACUUUAAUCCCGAGCUAACGAAGAUCAACGUGCAGACGCAAACGGAAGUAGCCACGACGACAACGACAUCAGCAACAACGGCGACGACGCCUUCAUCAACCGCAGCGGCGACCACGACGAAACGACCGAGACACAAUUCGAAGAGGAAGAAGAACAAAGGUCGUAGACGCAAACCGUCCAGUACUUCGGUGGCGCCAAGUUCGACGGUAGCGAGCAUAAUGUCUACUUUAAUAGAGACUAGCGAGAGUGUCACUGACUCCACUGUCAUAGACAACGCAGUUCAGGAAUCGAAGAUCGCGCCUGAGACGAAGAUUGCAACGAAUACGACGAAGACAAAAAAGAAACAGCCGCAGAAGGCGAUCAGCACGCAGAUCUAUAACUUCCUCAGUCGCGAAGUGAUGCCGAGCUUCGGCGUGAUGUCGUUGGUGGGUCUUGGUCUCGGUCUAGCCUCGUACUUCUUAUAUCCCUUCGGGGGCACUAUCUCUCGCAGGAACUACGAGGUGGAGCCGAACUACAAGUACAAUUUGGAGGAUUAUGACGGUAACUAUGGCCAGAGCGAAGAGGAAGUGCUCUCCAAGGUGUUUCAGGGAAUGACGAAUCACGAGGGCAAAUAUCCAGGAAUAAAGGACCAAGGAAACAACUACUAUCAUUAUCAGCAUUACGAUGGCGCGUACGACGCUCAGACGACGAAGAGAGUUGACUCCAGAUACCCGUCUGUAUCCACGUCUCCACUCUACAGACCUGCGGAGAACACUCAAUCUGCAGUGAAAUAUCGUAACACAGACUACAACAGGUACUCCGAGAUACAAACUACGCCGGUUUAUUAUGAUCGCAAGCACGUAGAAAGACUUGCCGAAGUGCCGGGAUCAGCGAAUCGGCAAUUCGUGGUCGGUAACGUACCUAAGGAGUAUCCAUUCGACGUGAAAGCCGCCGUUCUACCUAUAGUCAGCAAGAAAGGAAACGGCUAUGAGUCGACUGAAGGCGGACAGACGCAAUUUGAGCGUGACAUUGCUCAGAGCUUCAACUUCCCACCAGGUUCAGGCAAUGUGCACGGUUACGGUUCCGCUCACCUCUCUGAAGCGUCGACCGUUAGGACGGACGACGGAUACGAAGAAAUCGAGAUCACGCCAACUGCAGUAGCUGUUGAGCAUGGACCGCGGUCUCUCAAGGUGAAACGAGCCGCGUCUAUCGACGGAGAUGGCCGCCUUUCGCGGUCGAAGAGAGAGUCGGUAAUACAGGUGAUACCGUCGAAGCAUGAACUAGAGGAGGAAGAAAAAGAAGAGGACUUGAGCAACGAGAUCUUGGACAUUAUCGACUUGGCGCUACCGGGCGGGGACGAUCAAAAAACUCGAAACAGCAGCGAGAACAAUAACGAGGUCGAGGACUUGGAGGCGCAGAAGAGGAAACGGCAGGAAGAGGUUAAUAUGCGCGCGAAGGAAUCCACCAUGAGGACUUUCACCACCCUCGCUCAAAACUUGGAAAACGCAGAAGGCACGACGAGGGUUCCCGAAAGCGUGGAAUCGACCUCGAAAACUGUCGAGGAAACGAACGACGAUACGAAUAAGGACACCACGGAGGAGACGCACACUGUGAAUACGACGUCGUCGAGUUCCAAGAACGCCGAGACGACGACUAUCGAGUGGUUCGAGAGCUCGACCACGCAGAAGCCCACGGAGGGCUUCAGCCUCUUCAAUUUUGUGAAGAAGGUGGCUGAGAUCAAGUUUAGGCUGGGCUUGACGAUUCUUAAACACGCCAGUGAGGGUUUUGCUCGGUAUCUGGGCCACGUGCAGAAAAGGAUCAACGGCGAAGAAUGAAAAACCGUAAAAGAGAGCGAACGAGCGAGUGGAAUGUAUCGCGAAAACUUGAGGAGCGGCGGUAACUCCUCGUGACGAUUGAAAUUCUGUCGCGCGACAAUGCGCCUUGAUACGUGCGCGCUAGUCAUAGUGGUUGACUUAGUGCGUUCGCUUCUCGGAAUAGCGAUCAUGUAAUUUUUUUCUAAAAAGAGAAACGAAAGUAAAAAGUGAAAAGUUUCACACGUGAACUGGACCAAUUUAGCGGUCAUGUAUCUUUUUACAAUAGAAAGGAGAAACUUUUAGUUUUCACGAGUUCACGCUAGUGAAAAAAUACAUGAUCAACUAAAGGCGGCCAUCACGUAACGUUUCCCUAGGAAUGCAAAGGAAACAAUUUCACAUUUCUAUUAUUCAGAAAGACACAUGAUUACGGAAAUAUUCGAGUUUAUUCAUGAAAUUUCUCACUUUUUUGCUCUUAGGAAAAAGUUACAUAAUUACUAUUUUGAGCUGUGGUUAUAUAAUUUUUCCCUAGGAGUACGAAUGUGAAAAGUUGGACGUUUCCAUUAUUCGACACAUGAUCACUAAAGUUAUUGAGUUCAUGUGGAACUUUUCACUUUCCCGCUCUUAGGAAAAAGUUACAUGAUCACUGUACUGAUCAGUGAUCAUGUAAUUUUUCUCUAGGAGGGUGAACGUAAAAAGUUUUACAUUUCUAUUGUUCGACAAGACACAUGAUCGCUAAAAUCACGUAAAACUUUUCACUUUUCCGUCCUUAGAAAGAAGUUACGUGAUCAAUACUUUGCGUUCCGGGGCGGGUAAUGGCGGACAAUCGAGUUAUUAGACAACCGUGGACUCGAAGAGGAGGCAUAAUGCAACUGUCUCGUAACGGUAGUCGGACAUGAAGAAGCGACCGCCGACUUCACGGUCGAUCCGAUCGAGACGUAAUUUCACGGGCGAUCAUUUUUGUCCGCGUCGCCGCGAUAAACGACGCCGCGUCCUUUCACUUAGAAAGCUAAAACGAUGAAGAGGAACACGAAAUACUGUUACUCCGGUGAACGUAACGUCACGUCUUCCUCUUCGAGGUAUGGAAUACGCGAUAUGGACUUCUUCGUCUUCUCCUUCUUCUUCUUUUUCUUCUUCUUCUCCAGGAUCUUUGAUGUUAGACGCGCGGGGGAUCGAUGAUCGACGACAACGACGACGAAGACGACAUUCUCUUGCGAUAAACGUUCGAUAAAACGUGAUGAGCUUUAACGUCGGUCUUCGGAUCCUCGCGCGCAUGCACACGGAAUGUAUCUUGCUACGCGCAAGGUGUCGCAGAGCGCACGAUAAGAUGCAUUCCGGGAUUAAUUUGUUCAACGGCGAAACGAGCAAGGUAGCGCUGGAUUGGUGGAGGGGUUUCGGAAGAUUUCUCUUUCUCUCUUUCUUUCUCUCUCUCUUUGCUCUCUUCGAGGAUCGAUUAGAUCUUUAUUGCAAGUCGCUUAAUGUCUCUCUAUAAUUGUUUUGGUAUGUGUGCUGCUCUCACCCUCUCGCUGGAGGACGAGCGAAGACGUAUGGAAGAGUCGAUUAUUGGGCAAAACUUAUAGCUGUAAUGUAUAUUAUAAAUAAAUAAAUAGCUGAACGAACGAACGAAUAAAUAAAUAAAUAAAUAAGUAUGCAACUAUGUAAUACCCUGAUAUGCGUUAUGUAAAUAAAUAUAAUUGGAGAUUGCAAA